UUUACAGCUGUUUUCUGUUUUGGUCGUUUUGCUUUCUGUUUCUUCUGGCUUUUUUUUGAUUCUGAUUUUGUGUGAAAGUAAUGAUUUAGUAAUUUAUCACAAUGUCAGCUCCUCAGUGUUUCAUCAUGAAUCAUAACAGAAUAGUGUCACAAAACCCCUGCAGUGGAAUCAAUCCAAGUAACGAUGCUAAACCACCAAUUACAAAAGAAAAGGUAAUGUCUUAUGAGGAAAAAUCCGUUGGUUCAACAGCAUUUUUCAAAUGUGAAGCUUGUCCGUACAUGGCUCUGGCUGAAGAUGACAUAAAGUUUCAUCUGUUCACGGAGCACCCUGAUCUGGCGAAGACCAACGGUCUCGCAGACAACAUACAGAUUCCUUGUCCCGGAUGCACAAAUGUCUUUGAUGCAGAGGAAACACUACGCACUCAUCUUCGAAAUCAUCAUAAAAUGGGCAUAAAAGAUGUAAAGAAAAUGGUAAAAAGUCUAGUCCAGAUAGCUCUAAAAAAUGCUAAAUUAAAAAAGGAAGAUCAAACUCAAGAUCAAGCUCCACCUCCAAUACCUAACAGGCAGGAUGCACCUGAUGUAAAAAUGCCAGAAGUCAUUGAAAUUGUUCCAGAUGUUUCAAAUGCCAGCCAUGAAUCAUUCCCUAAAGGAGUUGCUUUUAUAUCAGUUGAUGAGCUGCACAAAAUGAGCACUCCAAACUUUGAAAAAGUUGAUCCAAAAGAAAUUAUACAAGAGGCCAGCAUCAACAUUGUUUAUACUAAUGAUAUUUCAACACAAUAUGUAAAGGUUUCUGAUGCAUCCACCUCAAAUUCAGCUUGCAACAUAAUGCAGAUGUCCAGUGUACCUCCAGACUUGAUUUCAUCCAUACAACCCAGGGCUACCCCCACCACAGACAGCACCAUGGCAGCACAACAAACACUACCCAGUGACCCCAACACACAAAUGCCUAAGCAAGGCCGGCCAAGAAUUGCAAAGAAAGAUCCUAGUACAAAAGAAAUACAUUUAGAAGAGAAGCUUGGUAAGCUAUGUUCAUUUGUUGGUUGCACAAUGCGACUGAAAGACCCUGAGAAACUAGUUUAUCACAGGAAAUGUCACCAGAAUGGUAACUUGCAGUGUCCGGAGUGUAACCAGCUGUUUGUGAGCCUUGACCAGCUCCACACUCACCUAUGGAAGGUUCACUUUAUAGACCUGGAGCUUCCGACAUGUGAUAUUUGUGGAUACAAGACCUUCAAGAACCGACUUUACAACAUUCACAUGCAGUGCCAUGGCGUUGAAACUCCAUAUUCUUGUUCUACCUGUUCAAAGUCGUUUAAAACUGCCAAGCAACUGUCAAAGCAUCGCAUGAUGCACAAGAAGAGUUCAGAGCCUAUACAGUGUCCGACUUGUCAGCAAGAGUUCAACACGGAGCGGAGGCUGCGGUGCCACGUCCAGCAGGUGCACGAGAAGGUGAGGCCGUUCAAGUGCGGCCACUGUGACUACACCGCGGCCAGGAAAGAGGAACUCAAGCUGCACUUGAGGUCUCAUACAGGCGACAAGCCGUACAGCUGCGAGCACUGCAGCUACCGCUCCGGCGACCACAACGCGAUGCGCCGGCACAAGAAGACGCACUCCAAGGAGAGCCUCUACCGGUGCAAGCACUGCCCCUACUCCGCCAUCCAGUCCACCACCUUCGCGUCGCACAUGAUCUCCAAGCACCCGCACGUCACGUCCAGCGACGUGCACCGCUGCCCCUACUGCCCGUUCAAGACCGUCAAGAAGGAGAAAUAUGUCGUCCACCUCACCAGCCAUCCCGACAAGGAGGGGGUUAAACUACUCAUUGAAAUGUCAAAAGGAGUUAGUAAGCCUAGUUGGACCAUCCCCAGCGAAAACACCGAAGCUGUUGCUGCUGAUAGUGUUGUUAGUGAUGCCAGUGAAGGCACGAAAAAGGCAGUCAAUGAUAUUCCUAUUGAGGUUUACGACUGUGACAGUCAGCAGGAUGGCUUGACACAGAAGUAUCCGAAAAGUUACUCAACGCACGCAGCGAAUGAUAAUCAAAACGUCGAGUUUAGUAACACAGUUGUGACUGACUCGAACAAGCAGGAUGAUAACAACUCGGAUUGCCUGAUCGAGAGCUCGUGUGACUAUGCGGCGCCACACUGCCUGCAACCGCCCUACGAGCCGCCCCCCGACCUGCGCUUCCUCACCACCGCCGUGUCCCUCGAGCAGAACAUCCUGCAGAGCGCCCCCCCGCGCCCCGCGCCCCUCGCCCCCGGCCCCGCGCGCCCCGGCAUCAUGACCAACUUCCCCAUCCGCCUGCCGCCCCUCCCACCAAUGUCCGUGAGAAACCACAUCACGUUAAAACCGGUCGACAAAAUAUUCCCCAUGACCAAAGUUACCGGCCCCAUAAUUAAACCCACGCAGAUCCUACCGGUGCCCUCCUCCAGCAACUCUCCCGUCAGCAUGACCACCAGCGAGCCGGAGGGCGGGCCGCGGAAGAAGCCCAAGAUCUCCGUGAAGAGCAACAUGAUCCUGAAGGGGCCCGACUCGGCCAACAUGUUCCACUCGCAGCAGAAGAUGGCGUUCAAGAGGCUUGAAGACAACGAGCGGUUCGGCCUCGGGCCCGUCACGUUCAACAACCUGAUAACUACGCAGUUCAUGCAGCUGCCGCCGGAGCCCACGCUGAGUGAGUCCCCGAGCCUGGCGUACCAAGAGCCGCUACAGGCCACGCCGCCGGCUGACGCGGCUAUGGGCGACUCCGCGCAGCUGUUCACCUUCAGCCAGCAGCUGGCCGGGCCCGCUCUACUGCCGCCGCGGCCCAAGCUGCCGCCCACCGACCCCAGCUACAUCAAGCUCGAGGGCGCCAUCAAACAGAACACGCAAUCCCCUAGUUUAGAACGCAUGUGCAGCGCAAACAUUCAAAACAUUACCAGGGAGUACAAAGCGUCCCCGCCGCUGGAAGACAUCCAUAAGAACAUGAGCGAGAUUAAGAAUGAGGUGAAGUCGGACUACUACAGUAUACCCAUGAACACCGCAGCGACGAACCAACCGAUGAUGGACCAGUACCUCAUAGACAACAUCAUAGGGGAACAGUACGUGUCGGGACACUUGGAUCUGUCGAACAUUGCUCUGCCGUUAGUUGAGGAAGAUCAGCAGAAUGACGUCAUAGAAAUAGACGAUAACUCGGACGACACGAAACUGCUGCAGCGUUUCGAUAUGAAUUUUCCGAUGGAGUCGAUGUACUUGAUGCACAAUGAUUUUCACUUUCUUGACAAUGAUAUGCCGUCGAAUAAUGUGAGUGAAGCCCCAGUGAAUGAGAUGAACCGGAUGGUAGCUGAAGUGCCGAUAGUGAAUCAGAAGGAAGGCUGCUCAGAGGCCGCCGAGGCGGCCGGCAGUGACUUUCCCAACUUCAUUCAAGGGAAGAAAGACCCCAUGAUGAACACUUCCGUUCGACCUUCCACUAAUAAAAUUAAUGUGAAAAAUAUUGAAUUAAUGAAGAAUUAGUUAAUCAUUGUAAAUAUUUGUACAUAGCUAAUUAGAUGUUAUCUAGAAGUAAUUAUAAUCGAUGUUAUUAAUUAAAAAUGUAUUAAAAGACUGUUAAUGUUAGAAAUAUAUAAAUAUUUAA